AUGGGUGAAAAAGCUGUCGGUAUUGAUUUAGGAACGUCAUAUUCCUGUGUUGGUGUUUGGCAAAAUGAUAGGGUUGAAAUUAUUGCCAAUGAUCAUGGUAAUCGUACAACACCGUCAUAUGUCGCUUUCACUAGAAAUUCUUAUUGGAGAAGCGGCCAAAAAUCAAGCUGUUAUGAAUCCACAAUUUCUUUAGUAGUAAUAAUGUUGGUGAUAGCGGUAUUUAUGCUUGCAACUAUGUUAGCAGGUGGAUUUUAUGUAAGACAUUUACCAACCGGCUUAACUUGGUUAAAAUAUUUUUCAUACGUAAGAUACUCGUAUUCUUUGCUUUUGCAAACUCAAUUUGAUUCACCGAAAGCUCAAUUUAGAUGUGCUAGACCAGGAGAAUUACCUGCCGGAGAAUUAAGUAUGUGUGACACAGGAGAUGUUCCAAUGUCAAGUAUUCCCGGUAUUUCUAUAAUAGAGAAUCUAGGAUUAAAUGAAAUACCUUGGUAUGCUAACCUAAUAGUAUUAUUAGGUUUCUGUAUUGUAAUGCGUGUUCUUGCUUAUUAUUCAUUACGUAAAAACAUUGAUAAUGACAUAAAUCAGAUACCUAAAGCGCAUUCACCUGUAUCGCUACAAUCAAGUCUUCCUUUAUUUCAUUCAUGA